GUCACCAGACAGUGCACUUUGGUGACCGACCCUGUGCAGUGCUGGAGGCGGAGACGAGUGGCGAGCAGCUGGUCUGCGAAACCAGCGCGGGCUUGGCCGGAGGACCGGCCUUGCCGGUCUGCCUUAGGCUCUCGGCCGCCGGCCCCUGCGAGCCGGCCUGUGAGAGCUGCAGCUUCCAGUACGCGGAGGAGGAGACGCCCUACAUCUCCUGGCUCUCGGCGCGCGGCUUCUGCGGGGGCGACUCGGUCGCCCUGGGCGCGGCCGCGCCGCAGGCGCUGCUGGUGGCGCAGCUGGACCGUGCAGUAGUCGAAAUCGGUGGCUACAUUUGCGACGCCAGCGAGGGGCAAGUGCUGAAUUCAGAUGAUUUGCUUGUGCAGGGCCGCACGGUGAACUGCGUGUUGCCCUCGACGGGCCUGGGUCCGCGGCUGGCGAGGGUGCAGCUGCGGGCGCUGGCCAGGGGCUGGCAGGACCCGGGCUGCGCCAACUUCCCCUGCUUGGAGGGCGGCGAGGACGAGCGUGGCCUGGGCCUGGCCGCGUAUAGGACCUGGCAGGGCGGCGCGGAGCUGGCGCCCGCCUUCGUGGACCGCGGCUUCCAGCUCUACGAUCUUACGAUCUUCCCGCAGAUUGCCAACGUCACUCCAGGUUCUGUGGGUGUCUUGGGCGGCACGCUGCUGCACAUCGCCGGGAAGAGCUUUGACGAGGAGGUCUCGCGGAACGUGGUGACCGUGGCUGACGAGCCCUGCCGCGUGCUGAGCGCCGGCCCGGACGGCCUCACCUGCGAGCUGGACGACGUGCAGGGCAACCUGAGCUGCGCGGAGUUGGAACUCUAUGCCGGGGCCAGCCCGCACGCAAGCGAGAAGUUUCUGGAGCACGACGGGGACUUGUCCUCCUGUCGGGUGGAGCAGCUCGCGGACGGCCGAAGCUUCUCCGUGGCGGUGAAUGCCUCAGAGAGCUAUGGCUACUACUGGGUCGAGGACUCCUGUCAGGCGGACGGGCGACAUGUUCGCGGUCACCUGGCGGAGGAGAGUGAGGAGCGGCUCACCUUCUGCUGCACUCUGAAUGGCAGCAGCUGUGUGGGCCCACGCUACGGCCAGGUGACCACCUCGAUCCCCUCAUACUGGCAAGGAUGGGGCUCCUGGGUUCAGAUGGGGGGGGGCACUACCACGCCGGACCCGCUCUUUGGCACCUGCUUGCCGCCCACCAGCCACAAGGAGGCGGAGCUCACCUGUCAGCUCACGGGCAUGAGGUUGUGCUCCAAAGUAGAGCUGAACUCGGGCCUCUGCUGUGCUGCGGACUGCUUCGGGGACGGCAGCGCCACCAUCGGCGCGUGGUCCAGCGACAGCGGGCAGCGGCAGCAGCUGGCGGUGAGCGCCGACGACGGCCAGCCCUGGACGGAGGAGCUCUACAUCCGCUGCGAAGAGGCUUGCCGCUUUCCCUUCAACGUCACCUUCCCGGGCAACGGGACCACCACCACCACCACCCGCUACACACCGGAGCAGCUGGCGCUCUGGGAGUUUGCGCCCUGGCUGCGGCCCGCGGACUUCGUGCCGCCCACGCAGGCGGAGGAGGAGAUCCUUCCGCUUGGGCCUCCGGUGCCAGAGCCCUUGCUGCCGCCCUCGCCCCCGCUGCUGGCGCCCUUUGCCGGGGGCCGAGGCUUACUCUACAAGGUCUACUCCAACUCUGAGAACCUGCCAGUGCAUCGCGCGCUAGGCCACGAGAAUGCCGCCUACCCGCAGAGCCCCAUGGCCAGUGGAGUGCUCCCGGACAUGCUACGAGGCGCCUUCCGCCACGUGCGCUUCGCGCCGGUGCCGGCGACGGCCGUCUCCGCGCGGCGGAGCUAUGUGCCUGAGCCGCCUUUGUCGGAUGACACGGGCCAUGAUUUGUACGCCGAGGAGAUCGUGGGCUUCUUUGUAGCGCCCUUCACGGCCAGCUACAUCUUCUACCUGGCCGCUGACGACGAGGCCGACCUUUCCAUCUCCUGCUGCGGGGACAUGGCUGGCAUGAAGGUGGAGGUGAAGGCCUCCAGCCGGGACUACCCCAUGCCGCGCUACACGCCGCUGGCCUGGUUCGGCGCCUGCGAGGCCGGGAUGGACGUGCCCUGUUCCAUCUCGGCGCCUCACCACUUCCGGGCAGGCGAGCAAACCUUGCUGCGGGUUCGACACCGGGACAACGUGGCGGGGGAUUGGCUGCGGGUGGGCCUUCGCAUCCACAACGCCCUGGCGCACGAUGGGUCGACCGUUCCGGCGGAGCUCGUGAGGAGGAAGUCCAUCGUGGAGGUCCAGCGGCUCACGUUGACCGCCUCAGUGGUGAGAGAGAGGCAUCAGCUCAACUUCUACCGGAUCCUGACAGGCUCCUUCCGGAUCCACGUGCGGCGCUACGCCCGGAACUUCCUGCGCGAGGGGACCUCAGAUUCUCUUCGGUAUGGUGACACCGCGGACCAGUUUGCCACCGCGCUCUGGGCGACGCAGGACCUCUAUGGCCGGGUCCUGGAGUGCCAGCCCACCGUGGAGCGGCAGCAGAGCGGAGAGCGGAUCAGCUAUGUGGUGACCUUCCCAUGCCCGCAGCCGGAAGACGGGAACUCCCACGCUGCCUUGCAGCUGGUGCCGGGCCUGGAUGUGAUUGGUACCUCUGUGCUGAGCUGGGUGAUGAACUCCAGCAAGCUGCAGACUUCCUCGGGGCUGGUGCGGGGCAGCUUCCGCCUCUACUUCGGCCGCGGCUGGACCGAGGCCCUGCCGUACUACGGCUGGGCGCAGGUCCAGUCGGAGCUCACGCGGCUGCCGGGGCUGGCGGCGGUGACCACCUGGCCCUUGCAGGAGGUGCAGCAGGGCGGGCGCGAGGGCUGGAGCGUGGGUCUGCUUCUGCCGGGCGCUGGAGGCGGAGAGGACAUGCCGCAGAUCCAAGUGGACGCCUCGGAGCUCUCUGGCCCAGGCGUUCAUCUCACGGUGGAUACUCUGGCGAACGGCUCCAGCGAUCUGUUCCUGGAGGAGAUCCCGGCAGAUUGGUUCCGCACCCCGCACUCGCAGCAGCAGGUGGUGGUGGAGAGCAACGGGGUGCGAGCCGCGGGGCUGGGGGAAGCUGGCGCGGCCCUCCGCCGCAGCGAGGACUUCACGCCGCGGCUGAUGGAGCUGAGCCCCUGGAGGGUGCAGGUGGGCGCCGAGGUGAUCCUGCGCUUGGAUCGAGUGGAUGGGAACCACCUGCGGAGCCUAAAGAUAGCGCCCUUCACUCUGAUGAUCGGCCCCGUGUUGUGCAACAUGACGUCUUUUUCUUGUGAGAACGGAGAGGAGCGGAACUGUGGCGCCUACCCGGAGGUUUGGAACGCCCGGUGCACGGUGCCGGACGGCCGAGCAGGGCAGCAUGCAGUCCAGGUGCUGGUGGAGGGCCAAGGCCGAGCGCAGUACACCAACGUGACCGUGGCCUUGCCCGUGCCCGUCAUUGACUAUGUGCCGGAGCUCCACUUGGUGCGUCCCGGCCGCGGCAGCUGGGCCGGGGGCACCGUGGUGCUGCUCGCCGGGUUUGGGCUCCAGGGCCCCGAGGCGUGUCAGCUGAUUCACUUUGGUGCCUCUGCUUUGCUGGAGGUCCCCAUGGACUACUUCGAGGAGGAGAUGGUGCCUGAGCUCCCAGGGCGCCUGCUCCGGUGCCUCACGCCGCCGGCGCCAGAAGUGCCGGAGGCCUGCGAGAUUUCUCCGGGCUGGGACUGCGGCCCAGCGGAGGAUUUGGUGGUCCCAGUCACCGUGGCCGGCUACGCCACAGACUGGUCCUUCAACUACUCCAGCGACGUCACGCCGCUGGUCUCGGCCAUCUCCCCCCAGCGCUCCGCGGCCAUGAGCGGCAUGGUGAGCUUGCAGGGCGCUCGCUUUCCUCCCUUGCGCGGCGGCCGCGCCGCGGACCCUGUCGUGGUCUACAUCGGAAGUCAGCGCUGCCGGCCAGAGGAGUCGACCGGCGCAUCCUUGCGCUGCUUCCUCCUCCGGCACCCGCCGGUGCCCUCGGGGCAAAGCGCCGUGGGGCUCUGGGUGCUGGGUCUGGGCUUUGCCGUGGUGACGCCGAGCACGCGCUUCUCCCACCCCUUUGCCGUCACAGAGGUGAGCCCUGCGAGCGGCAGCUGGCACGGGGGGGCGCUGCUGGAGAUCCGCGGGGAAGGCUUCCACGCGGAGAGCGCCAGGCACGAGGUGCUGCUGCGGCUGGCGGUGAAUGGUUCCCAGGACCUGCCCUGCCCGCUGCUGCCGGGGCCGACUCUGGGCCGGCGCCUGCAGUGCCAGGACAUGUCCUCAGAGCCUUUCGAGCGGUUGAAGGCCAAGCUCUCCGAGGAGGUCCAGGCGGGGGCGGUGGCGGGCGCCUGCCACCUGGUGCUGCGGAACGGGCGCCGCGUCUUCGCGCACGCCAAGGGCGCGGCGAAGCUGGGGAGGACGUCGAAGGCCAAGGCCUUCGGUUUGAAGACGCUGUGCAAGCUCCACGGCUGCUCCAAGCCCUUGGUCUCCAUGGCCUUCCUGCUGCUGGUGCAGCAGGGCCGCGUGAAGCUCGAUGACCCCGUUGCUCAGUACCUGACCUUCCCAGACGUGAGGGCCAUCAAGGCCAAGACGAAGGCCAAGGUCAAGGUGAGGAAGGUUCAGCAGCAGCCAACACUGCGGCACCUGCUGACAAUGACGGCUGGUCUCCAGUAUCAGGACUGCCCGGCCUAUGGCGCGGUGAUGCGGCGCAUCCGCCGCAAGGAGAUCCGAGGCUUGGAGGCGAUGUGCGACGCGCUGGGCCAGCGGCCGCUGCAGAGCGAGCCAGGAGCGCGGUAUGCCUACAGCUUCUGCACCGACUUCGUGGGCCGCGUUUGUGAGGUGGUGAGUGGGCAGAGGCUGGACAAGUUCCUGGAGACCAUCUUGCUGAAGCCCCUGCAGAUGAGGGACACCCACUUUGUGGUUCCCGCCAAGAAGCGAAAGAGGCAGGCCACCCUCUACGACUGCCAGCCAGUGGAUGGGUCCACGUGCAUGCCCAAGGUGUGGGAACAUCCAGAGAGGGCAGAUGGCAUCAUGAGUGCGGGCGGCGGCAUAUUGAGCUACCACGAUGCGGGGAUCUGGAGCACCGCGGCAGACUACGCCAAGUUCUGCCAGAUGCUGCUGACAGGCCUUUCUCCCAGUGGGAAGCAGAUCCUUGAGCCCGGCUUCCUGAAAAGCCUCUGGCGCGACGGCCUGGUGGACUAUGGACGCAAGGAUGGGCGCCUGCCUGGCUGGCACGACUCCCCGGGCGCCAUGUGGGACUUCACAGGCUGGUCGCUGCUGAACACGCACCUCACCUUCCAGGACGGGCCUCAGGGCCGAGGAAGAAAGCUGGGGCAGACCAUGUGGAUGGGCGGCGGCGGAGGGACCUACUGGGUGGUGGACCGACGGCGUCAGACGGUCUCGGUGUCCUUCUGCCAGUCCUUCGGUGGCCGGGGAGACGCCACCGACGAGGCCAAGGACGCCUCGAUCUUCACCGAAGCCGCGCUGAAGCGAAGGCGCCGCUGA